AGUCAAGUCCCAUUUUCUUUUGUGUCCUCGUGCCUUUCUCACUCACUCAGGUGUACCUCACAAUGUUGGCUGUACGGAGGACUACCGCAGUAAGCUGGGAGGAGACUGUUUUGCCGACCUGGCCUGUCCUGAAAAGUGUCGAUGCGAAGGGACCACGGUUGACUGUUCCAACCAGAAGCUGACCAAGAUACCUGAGCACAUCCCUCAGUACACACAGGAUCUUCGUCUGAACAACAAUGAGUUUUCAGUGCUGGAGGCGACCGGAUUCUUUAAGAGGCUGCCUCAGCUCAAGAAGAUUAACCUCAGUAACAACCGUAUCAGUGACAUAGAGGAGGGGACAUUUGAAGGAGCGACAGGAGUCAAUGAGUUGAUUCUGACUUCUAACAGACUGGAGAACAUCCAGCAGGGCAUGUUACAGGGUCUCAACGGACUACGCACACUUAUGUUGAGGAGUAACCGUAUUAGGUGUGUCAGUAACAGCAGCUUUGUGGGUCUGAGUUCUGUCAGACUGCUGUCACUCUACGACAACUUGAUCACCUCUAUGACCCAGGGAGCCUUCGACACACUACACGCUGUCCACACUGAACCAGCUGGCCAAUCCCUUCACCUGAACCUGCUGGCCAAUCCCUUCAACUGUAACUGCCACCUGGCAUGGCUUGGUGAUUGGCUGAGGAGGAAGCGUAUCGUCACGGGCAACCCCCGCUGUCAGAACCCUUACUUCCUGAAAGAGAUCCCUAUACAGGAUGUAGCCGCACAGGACUUCACCUGCGACGACG